AGACUGGGCCGCGGAUCACUCUGCCUGGCCAGUCGCUGAGCCAGUUGCCCGCCGCCAAGCUCUGCGCCUUCAGCGCUCAGCGCGGGCUGCGGGCCGUGGUGGACGUGCCGCGGCUGUCCGAGCAGCCGCUGCUGAGCUGCGCUGGCGGCCGGGCGGUGUGCGUCUGGCGGGCGAUGCUGAACGAGGUGCCGGAGGAAGCGGAGCGCGGCGAGUUUCUGGCCUGUGAGCUGACGCCCCGGAGCCCCGCGCGGUGUGCCUCACGCGGGGCGCCGGCCGAGUGGGCGGCGCCGCGGUGGCGGGCGGCGGCGAGCUCAUCGUCAUCCAGGCUUCCGUCGUGCGUGUCCCUCUACAGGAGGAGUAUUGAAAAGUAGGCCAAACACAGUCAGGGGAUGAUCUCCGACUACUUUCGGCUGUUUUAGGGGC